AUGUCAAAUAUUGACAGAUCGGCGACAGUGGCAGCAUGGACAACAACAACCACUAUCACUAUCACUUCUAUCCCCACCAUCUGGCGACAUUUGUUGCUGGCCACCACCGUUCUGCUGGCGCUGCUAUCCGGCGGUGUCCCAGGCGGCAGCACUAACAUCUUCGCAUCGGCCGAAGGCAAUAUCGGUUGCCUGUUCACGGAAACACUCUGCCUGGAACACCUGGAAUGGUGCUACGAUGACUUUGCGUUCGGAAAGUGUCUGCCACAGUACGGGCUGGAACCGGAGGAACUGUUCCGGAAGCCGCUGGACGAAGACCAGAGCCGCAUCCUGGCGCGCAUGCUGGAGGAGCUGCAGGGUGCCGGGCUCGGCUGGGAGCACCCGUUCACGCAGUGCCGCAUCCAGGGCGCCCUGUUUGCCAUCCGGACCAACACCGACAUCCCGCAGACGCUGUGCGCCAAUCUGGCGCCCGCACCGGAAGUGCUCGCCCCGCAGAGUCCGCUGGCGUUCGUGCGCUUCACGCCCCCGAACGAGGAGUACGCGGACGAGGUGUACUAUCCGCCGCCGAAGAAAGCGUUCGCCGAGCUGGACGUGCUGCCGGAAGUGAUCCCACUCGGACCGCAGCCGGACCCGUUGGAGCUGCGCGACCUGCAGAAACGCGUCGCCCUCGGGCGCCUGCUGAAGCAGUACGAGGAAGCAGCCAUGGCCGAGCAGGCCGCGAUGCAUCCACCGGACGUGACCGAUUAUCUGGACGGACCGGACGGGCCGAACGAGAUCGAAGAAAGCCAGCUGCUGCCGUUCAAAGGCGUACCGGAACGACAGUGGGCGGCCGGUUCCAGUAAACGGGGAGAGACCGCGGCCAUCUUCCGCGAACAGCAGCACCACGAGCAGGACAUCGACGAGGAGCGCGCCCUGAGGGAGCUGGUCGAGCGGUUAACACCGAACGAUGGGGCCGACUUCCAGUACAUCUACCCGAAGACCUCCUCGUUCCGGGAGUACGCACAGGAGCACCACAUUCCGAAGAUCUCGAACUUUGCCCCGGAGAACGUACACCAGCUGGGCGGGAAGCCGCAGGACGCAUCGCCGAACGCGGACAAGUUCUUCAAGAAGGCGCACAAACCGCAAAUCCGGAACGAGAUCCCUGUGGGAAGCUUUCGUGAACUGAGCGCGGCCUACGCACCAGCCGCGGGACCUGAGGAUGGCGGCCUGUACACCGAGGGUGGCUUCGUUUACGUGCCGAAAUCGGGCACGGCCAGUGGCCGGCCCGGCAAGGACGAUGCGCGCACACUGCUGGACAACAUUCUGGGCUUCACGAGACGCGAGCGGCUCGACGUGAAGAAACCGGGCCCACCGGCGGCCCCUCCACCGUCGGGCCAGAGUCCUAGCGAACCGCCGAAGGAGAUUGCGCCCGAGCACAAAACCAACACGUCCGCCGGUGCGGCCGACGAUGGCGCCGAUGGUCUCGGUUCCAAGUCGAAAAAGGAACUGUUCGCCCACACGGACGAUGACCACGCGCCACACUCGGUCGACACGGAGUAUGCCCACGUGAUUCUGAAAAACCCCAUCGACAACUGGAAGGAUGGAUCGCGGAUCGUGGCCGCGUUGGCCGAGCUGCUCAACAUGCAGGGAUACUUUACGCACCCGCGGGUCGACCGGCACGAGGUAUCGUUCCGUGUGGAGGCGAACCCGGACCGCAAGACGGCGGCGGACGUGGCGAAGCAGAUCAACGAUAGUCGCUUCAAGAACAACCUCUCGCGACGGCUCGGAGUGCUCGUGAUUCAGGCCGGUGUCGGCGAUAAAACCAAGGAGCUGGAUGCGGUGUCCUCGCAGCGCCUGAAGCGGGUCGAGGAUGGUCCGAACGUGACGCACGUGAUGGCGUACAUGUUUGCGGGGGCGGGUGCCGCGGCCGCGAUCGUGAUCACCAUGACGUUGUUUCUCAUCCGCAAGCACGACAAGAAGAAGGACAAACUCGGUGGCCUACAGUCGGGUCUAGGCGGGGGGGCGGGCGAUAGCUCCAGCAAGGACUACCAGGACCUGUGCCGGGCACGUAUGGCCGGCGGAAAGCCGGGCAGCACCCCGAGUGACUCACCGAGCGGCGGACGCAUUACGGCACUGGCGAAGGAAGCCGAAGCGCGGCCACCGUCGUCCCGAUCGAGCACCUCGUCCUGGAGCGAGGAACCGGCGCUAACGAACAUGGACAUCUCGACCGGCCACAUGGUGCUGUCGUACAUGGAGGAUCACCUGCGUAACAAGGGUCGGUUGCAGCGCGAAUGGGAGGCCCUCUGUCGGUACGAGGCGGAACCGAGUGCCCGGGAUGCGGCCCUCCAGUCCCAGUGCGUCCCGCUGAACCGGGCCGGCGCUCCACUCCCGUACGAUCACUCGCGCGUCGUGCUGAACCAUCUGGCGAACGCCGAGGGUAUGGAUUACAUCAACGCGUCCACCAUCACCGAUCACGAUCCGCGCGCCCCGGCCUAUGUUGCCGCGCAGGGCCCGCUGCAGGCGACACUGGCCCACUUCUGGCAGAUGGUCUGGGAGCAGGGUGCCGUGGUGUUGGUGUCCCUGUGUCGGCUGCAGGAGAACGGGGAGUCGGCUUGCGCCCGGUACUGGCCCGAGGAAGGGGCCGAAGUGUAUCACAUCUACGAGGUCCACCUGGUCAGCGAGCAUAUCUGGUGCGACGACUAUCUGGUGCGAUCGUUCUACCUGAAGAACCUGCGCACGGGCGAGACGCGCACCGUCACCCAGUUCCACUUCCUGUCGUGGCCGCAGGGUGGCGUUCCGACGUCCGCCAAGGCGCUGCUUGACUUCCGGCGCAAGGUGAACAAAUCUUACCGAGGACGCUCCUGUCCGAUCGUCGUGCACAGCAGUAACGGUUCUGGACGUACCGGGGCGUACAUCCUGCUCGAUCUGGUGCUCGGCCGCAUGAACAAGGGCGCCCGGGAGAUCGACAUCGCGGCCACGCUGGAGCACCUGCGCGAUCAGCGGGCUGGCCUGGUGGCGACCCGGCAACAGUUCGAGUUUGUGCUGAUGGCCGUGGCGGAGGAGGUGCACGCCAUCCUGAAAGCGCUCCCACAGACGACGGGCGCUGGCAAGGGCUCGCAGGAGCUGGAGAACGGCACCAAGGACGGCGCGAAUGGGUCGUCGCAGGACACAGCGAAAGACAAAUCGGGCGAGAAGUGA